UCAUGGUCGUAGUGAAAUAUACUUAAUUUGCCUGUCUAUAAUGCGCUGGCCUCCCUGUCUCUGCCUCCCAUCAUUAUGGCAGAUUCUUCCGAACUGACAGAAGAAAAUUCGCAUCCUUUCAGCCUUCUUGCAUCUAACACACUCUCGGGUCACCAGGGCUUUGACUCGAUAAUAUCUGAAGCAAAGUCCACUGCUGAUACUACAGCCGAUUUCUACUACCACGGUCUGACGUGUCGCAGAAAUGCCCUUGUCGGAGUGGCAUGUUCAAUUAUCUUUAGCUGCUUAUUCAUCAUUGCAGGUGUUAUCACUUUCGCCAAUCAUGGCAUCCUAGGAGUAACCAGGCUGUUCAACCUGGUUAAUGUUGAUAAAGGUGCAUUGCAGGGGAUAUUGACCCUGAUACUUGACUUAAUCGUCAUGUUAUGUACCGAGUCCAUAGGCUUCGUACACGGCGUCUCAUUGCGCUCUGCGCUAGCCUCAGAGUCUCGGCUUCGUUUCAACACCAAUCUGCGCCUUCUCACCGCAGCUCGUGGAUGGUAUAACCCCAACGGCGCCCUGCUUAACGGCAUCGCGGCUGUCCUCCUCAUUAUAUCCUACAGCUCAGCCUCGGUCGUCGUAUGUCUGGACCAAAAUAACUCGGAAACAUUCCAAACAGUUGAUGAGGGUAUUGCCAUCGCGGGGAUACCUCUCCUCAUUCUGGGUGUCGCACUCCUCCUCCAGGUGAUUAUCGCAUUGUCAGGGAUGUGGGCUGUCAAAGCCUUGACGUGGAGCUCCUCACCUUUCGACUUGACCGCCGCACUAGUACACCACGCACAAUUGACCCCCACUACUUUCCGGUGCAUGCGUCGUGUGUCUGACAUAGACACGUAUGGAGGCCCAAUGAAGCCACCAGAAACACAGCCCUCUGCGUGGCAUGCUCACCCUAGCAUCCGGAAAGUUGUCAUUUCUCUUUGGGUCAUCGUUGCAGCAUGCGCUGGAUGGGCCGCACUCGUCAUGUAUGUCUGGGACCGCUUCCCUACCAGCUCUCGAUUUGCAUUUAGUACCUAUCCGCUGACCCUACAAACGUGGUCGUUCUUUCGGAGCGAGCGGUCCAAUGCCAUCGUGUAUUUGAUGCCAGGUUCCAAUCUUGAGGUGGGGAUUCUGCUCUAUGUCAACAUUGUAUUUCUCCAGGGACCGUUGACGCUUGGGCUACACUGCUCGGAGCUCAUCGCGAAUGUCAUCCGAGAUGAAAGACAGUGGAGAUGCGCUACCAGAAGCAAAGGACUCAGAGUGGCAAUGAACCCACUGGAGUCGAUUUUUAAUCAUCCAAUCUGUUUCAUACUUUUCAUCGCGAAGCCCUUCCUGCACUGGAUGUUUGGGCUUUCAUUUGGCAUAUAUAUCUCCGCCGCUAACGAGACCCUAGACUUCAUUCCGAUAGCCAUGUACACUGCCCAAAUCUGGAACUUAUGCAUUGCGCUCUUUAUAUUUGCCUGUUUCUUCACUUUCGUCGCACUACGCCGACCGUCCGGUCCCCAGCCGGCUGCAUACGGCCACCUCCAGACGCUCGCUGACCUUGUGGACGAGUGGUCGCCUGUCAUGUGGUGGGGACACAAGGAGGAUGGAUUUCCGUACUGUCAUGCUGGGACAAGUGAUCACCCACUGCCGGAUGUGAAGAUGAACUGCAUCUAUGCUGGUUCUGGUGCUGGGUCUCUGGUACCCCUCUCGUGAGAGGCACUUUUCAAGGGAAUUUUUUGUGGUGAUUGAUAGGAGCGGGGCGACGUUUUGACUGGAACGUACCAAAAACGAUAAUAUACUUAGAAUAUCUCAGUCUCUAUAUCAGAACUGAGAUGCGAAUACGUCUCUACUCGAGACUUUAUACUAGAAAUUUCAGUAUCAUAUGUAUGUGAGUGCACAAUGACUUUUAAUGUUGGUCUUGCCGAGCAGACUGUAAUCCAAGUUGUCCUGAU